UAAAUUCUAAAAUCUAGGUGAAACGUGAGGGGGGCGUGGUGAAGUCUCAGGUUUUGUCACUAUAAAAAGUGUUAACAGAACAGAGGAAGGGAAAAGAACAGCUUUCACUGUCAAGAAAAACAUUAUUCUUCUGAGCACAACUGAGGUUAAAUGGAAGCACGACAUCCAGCCAUGAAGUUUCAAAUUCUGUUCUUUCUCCUGCUGUUGUCUUUCAUGUAUCCAAGCGUGGCACAAGGUUCCUAUGAAAACUGCUGUUUAAAGUACGUUACAGGAGUGAAGAAGUCCGUUAGAAAACAUAUUGUGAGUUACAGAGUGCAGGAAACAGAUGGAGGAUGUAACAUCCCUGCUAUUGUAUUCAAGCUAAAGAGAUCAAAGACACUCUGUGCUGAUCCUAGACAACCCUGGGUAAAACAGCUGGCAAAGAAAAUAGAUGAUAAAAAAACUAUGUAGGGAGUGCAUUUCAGAGACAGCUUUGUCAUUGACCCUAAUCUAGUUUGUGCGGAGCUAAAGGAUCAAGCCAAUACAGACUGAACUGUUCUAUUUUUAAUGCAAAAGAACGGUAGUGUACAACAGCAAACAGAACUGUAACAGUGAUAUGUAGCUUAUUCCACUAUCAAUCCAGCUGAUUCAUCAUUUCUACAUCAGUCUAUGAUUACCUUUAUGUAGAGGUUCAUAAUGAACUGUAUUAUAUGGUCGCUUGUCCUCUGUUCAGUGUAUAAGAACAAUGCAAAUGUUUGAACUGUGAAUUUCUAUUGUAGAUGUCUCCAUGUCCCACCAUGGAUGGGCACAUGUUCUCUUUUAUUAUAUUUUCCCUUUUUUUACUUUUCAUUCAACUAUAACCUGUGAACCGCAUAACCUACAUACAUAAAAGUGUGUAUGUGUGGGUAAUAGUGCUGUACAUAAACUUUUAAUGAAUCUGUUUUACUAUAAUAAAGUGCUGUAAUUGAACA